AUGAGCAUAAUGUCUACCAAGCUCUCACUCAAGACUCUUCUCCAAACUCCUGAGAAUGAGCAUAACCCAUUAACCAUGUCCGAUGAACAGAUUUUGGAGCAAAUUUACUCAACCCAUGUCCAUAGUGACACAAAGUUUGAUGUAUCCUCUCUUUUAACCCUUGUUGAGAACGCCCUCAGACGUUCAACCCAAAUUGUUGACAACAUUGUGCAGGGUUCCCAACCAAGCUUGGAACACAUAGAUGACAAUAACCCCCAAGUCAAUUUCGCUUCACCACUCUGUACCCUGAAGCAGAUUUCUUCUGAGAUGUCAUGCAAACCUCCAGGUGAGGUAAUUGCUCACAAAACAACAUUGGCCAUACUUAACAAACUAUCAAACUAUGAAUGGGAUGCAAAAGCUGUGCUUACACUUGCGGCUUUUGCACUCGAUUAUGGAGAGUUCUGGUUACUUGCUCAGCAUCAACCAACAGAUCUUCUAGCCAAAUCUGUGGCUGUUCUGAAGCGAGUGCCGGUGCUCACAAAGCCCGCAUCAGUGCAAAAGCAUCGCCAAGCUAUAAUUGAGCUUAACAAUCUGGUCAAAACAACGUUGCAAGUGAUUGAGGUAAUGUUUGAGUUGGAGAAGCUUACAACUUAUGACACAAAGGAUGUACCUGCCUUGUUGCCCUCCAUAGAACAAAUCCCUGUUGAUGUCUAUUGGGCUAUCGUCACUGUUGUGGCUAUAGUAACUCAGAUAGAUUGCCUCACUACUGAAUCGGAGCACAAGCAGGAACUGUCCCACUAUGGUCAAAAGAUCAAUAUCAUACUCAGCAAACUCAGGAAGCAGAUCACGCUCUGCCGGCAACAGAUAGAACUGGCAGAAUAUUAUCGCAAGCUCAGGAAGCUUUUCCAAACACCCACUGAAAUAAUGGAGGUGUUUAAGGUUCUAGUUUUCUCCAAGGAUGCUCCACAGCCACUGUUUGAUGGUGCUACAAAGACCAUGGUUGACAUCGCUGCGCUAAAAAAGAAGAAUGUGUACCUGUUUAUUUCUACUCUAGACAUCACCGAGGAAGAGAUUUCAGUACUCCGACUAGUUUAUGAUUCAAUUAAAACAAAUGAUCAGUAUAAGAUUGUGUGGAUUCCAAUUGUGGAGGAAUGGACCGAGCAGCUUCGCAAGAAAUUUGAGGUUUUGAAAAGUAAGAUGCCUUGGUAUGUGGUGCAACACUUUGGACCCAUUGCAGGGUACAAGUACAUUAAGGAGGAAUGGCACUUCAAAAAGAAGCCAAUGGUUGUCGUGUUGAACCCUCAAGGGAAAGUGCAGCAUACAAACGCAUUCCAUUUGAUUCAGGCUUACGGAAUGAAGGCUUUUCCCUUUACAACUUCGGAUCAAGACAAAAUUGACAGAGAAAUUAAUUGGGUUGGCUCUGUUGUAAGCAACAUUCACCCCAACAUAGAUACCUGGAUCAAAGAGCAGAAGUACAUUUUCUUCUACGGAGGCAAGGACAAAGACUGGAUCCAAGAGUUCACUAAGUAUGCGACUACCCUUGCAAAUGAUGCCAUCAUAAAGGAGGCAAAGAUUUCAAUAGAGUUGUUCUGUGUGGAAAAGGAAGAUAAAAGCCUCAUAAGCCGCUUUUGGAGUGGCAUUGAGAGUUUGUUUGUGACCAAAGUUCACAAAACAGUUGAUGCUAUGACUCAAGAAGUGCAAAAGAUGCUUUCUUACAAGAAUGAAACUGGAUGGGCUCUACUCAGCAAAGGGUCAUCUGUGGUGGUAAGUGGUCGUGGAACCACAAUCUUGAAGGCAGUGGCAGAGUUUGAUAAAUGGAAAGAAGGUGUGAUCAAGAAGGGCUUUGAGUUCUCCUUUAAAGAAUACCAUGAGAGGAUUGUGCGCACCACGCACCGCUGCUCAUCCCUUGAAAUUCCUAAUGUUGCUGGAAAGUUACCAGAGACCAUAAAAUGUCCCGAGUGUCCUAGGACAAUGGAGAUUUUCAUCAGCUAUAAAUGCUGCCACAAUGAGAAUACCGUGAAUGCCAUACCCUAG